UUUUGUCAUUUCGAAAAUUGUUAGCAAACCAGACGGUUGGGCGUUGUUUGUUGUGCGGCAACUGGUUUACGUGUAAAUUGUAAAUUUAAAUAUUUAUAAGUCGUUUGGUCGUGUUUUAGUGAAGCGAGUGAUAUCAAAAAUUUCUACCGUUUACUUUAGUGUUGUAUGUAUUGUUUGAGCAAUAAGAAGGCGGAGUUUUCACAAUGGGCUGCACAUCCGGUGUAAUGAAAUUCAUUCUGAAUAUUCUGAAUGUUCUACUGGCGGUCUUCGGACUCGCCUUGAUCGCGCUGGCUGUGCUGUCCUUCAACACAGCACCCAAGGUUUACAUCUAUUACCUAUUUAUUGUGGGUGCUGUUAAUUUCGUUGCAGCCAUGUUGGGUUGUUGCGGCAUUUGUCAGGAGGAUGUUUGUCUAACGACUACGUAUGCGAUCAUCAUAGCGCUUUCGUUGGUUUCACAAAUUGUUGGCAAAAUCUAUGCUUCCGAUUCGGCUGCUAUCAAAGAGUUUGCUGCCAAGGAUGUGGAAAAGACAUGGCUGGAGGAAAUUAAAUUACCUGGCGCCAUGAAUAACACUCAACAGACGUAUCACUGCUGCGGCAAGCUCAGUCCUGAUGAUUACUUCUCCAUUGGACGCCUCGCCUACCCGAAUAGCUGUUACCCCUCAAUGAUUGUGAAUCAAACUGCCCUCUGGCAUACUGGCUGCAUCAAAGCUGCUGAAGAUGAAUUCACCAGCAUUUUCAAUUACUCAUCCGGCGGUGAAUGGGGAAAUCUUGUUUUCACGGGUGUGAUGUUAUUGUUCGCUAUUUAUCUGGUCAUACGAUUCCGUAGCAAACAACGUCGCUACGAUUAUUAAGUCGUAUUUCACAAGUGUAACAUAUAAAUUGUAUGUUUACUAAAAUGAAUCUCAAUUCGAGAGAGCAAAACAACAAAUACAAGCAUAAUUUCACAGUCAAAAUUUAAUAUGUCAUUAAACACUUACUGAAGUGAGCUUUAAAUUUUGUAUAACUUUUAUAUAAAAUAAAUAGUUAUGUAUUUGUCUUUUUGGAGUAUCUACAAACAUAUGUAUGUAUUUCUCAUAAGCAUUUAACCGUUUUUCACUUGCUAAAGUGUAUUUAUUUUCAUGCGUAAAUUUUUUAAUAAAAUAAUAAAUUAAAUUUGUUACCACUUA